ACUCUCUCACCCCCACCCCACCCACCCCGCCGAGCUACAUUGAUUGUGUAAAUGACCGAUCGGAGAAGGUAGAAACCCUAGCUCGGAAAUCGAGGCACCUCCGUUCAUCGGUGUUGUAGCAGCUCAUGAGCUUCUUGUUGUUGUUGUCACAAUGCAUUGCUUGUAUCUGAUUCAAGAGUACUGUGGCAGUAGCUCCUUACCUAUAUAAAGCUCUAGAAUUGUGGUGGAAACACAAUGCAGUUGUAAUUUUGACAAUUGGCAUAUCACCACCUGGAUCAAUGAGGAAUGCAACUAUGACAACUGGAUCUUCUAAUCUUAAAGUGCCCACUGUGCGAAUCACAAGAGCACGGGCAAAAGCUUUGGGUUCUUCCGGAGGAUUACCACCUCUACACCCCUCUGUCAGGCAGGAUAAGAAACAGGGACAAGUAACACAGGGAAUAAAGUCCAAAAGACCAGCUUCGGAUGAGAACAAACCAGUUAAUUCUGCUAGUAUUGCUGCUCAACAGCCUAAGCGAAGGGCUGUUCUCAGGGAUGUCACCAAUGUACUUUGUGAAAACACAUACAUGAAUUGCAUAAAUGGAAGCAAAUGUCAGGUUAAGAAAUUCUCUGAUAAGAGGAAUUCGAAGGUGAUACCUGCUAUUUUAGUGAAAAGACCACAGCUUGAAGAUAGAAAAGAGAGUGAUGACGCAAAAAAAGUAAAGGUCGAGGAAUCACAAGAACACUGUUCACAAGCACACCUCCAGGACCAUAAAUUAACUCAGCCCAGAGAAUAUAUCACCGCCACUCCGUGUGGUUUAGCUGAUCUUAUGCCUGUGAAUAAGAGUUCAUGUAAUGGCAUUACACUCCUGAAUACAACACAAAAAGAUGAAAGCAAGGUUUGCCUGAAACAAGAAAGCUCCAAUUCUCUUGGUAUUGCAGAUAUAGAUUCAAAACACAAGGAUCCACUAAUGUGUAGUCUGUAUGCUCCUGAUAUAUAUAGCAAUUUGCAUGCCAUGGAGCUUGACCGGCGACCUUCCUUUAAUUAUAUGGAAAAGUUGCAGCGGGAUGUUACCAAGGGUAUGCGAAGUAUUCUAAUUGAUUGGCUUGUGGAGGUUUCUGAAGAAUAUAGGCUGGUUCCAGAUACUCUUUACCUGACUGUACAUCUCAUUGAUAGGUUCCUCUCUGAGAAUUACAUUGAAAAACAAAAGCUGCAGCUGCUUGGAGUUACCUGCAUGCUAAUUGCUUCCAAAUAUGAAGAAAUUUGUGCACCUCGUGUGGAAGAAUUUUGCUUUAUAACAGACAACACUUACGAGAAAGAAGAGGUAGUAAAAAUGGAAAGUCGAGUUUUGAAUUUUGUGGGCUUUCAACUUGCUGCUCCGACCACAAAAAAUUUCCUGAGGAGAUUUGUUCAAGCAGCACAGGCUUCUUAUGAGGUUCCCUCUGUUGAACUGGAAUUCAUGGCAAACUAUUUAGCAGAGCUAACAUUGGCUGAAUAUGGUUUUCUUAAGUUUCUUCCAUCUGUUACUGCUGCAUCAGCUGUAUUUCUUGCCAGGUGGACACUUGAUCAAUCUAACCACCCAUGGAAUCCAACUUUGGUGCACUACACUAGAUAUAAGGUGUUAGAGCUGAAAACUACAGUUCUUUUACUGCAAGAUUUACAGAUGAACACCAGUGGAAGCACCCUGAAUGCCAUCCGUGAAAAGUAUAAACAACCAAAGUUCAAGUCUGUGGCAACUUUAUCAUCUCCAAAACCAGUCCAAUCGCUGUUCUAGGAAAUGCUGAUUUUAAGUCCGGUUGGCCAAUUCAUGUUCGGCAGAUCCAUUGUCGUUUUCACAUGCAGAAGGACGUUAAUCUUUAACCUACAAUAAUCUAUCCUUCCUCAAAAGGGACUCAAUUCUUUCGUUCAACCCUGUUUCAAAUUUUAACCACUGUGUAUUGUCCUAUCAUGUUCGGUCAUUAGCAGACAGCAGGUGAGGCCAAAAACAUGGAGAUUUCGAUGGAGCGGAUGCCAUAACUUUAAGAAAUGGCAAUAUGUAAGAAGUAACUUAACAGCACCUGGUUAGCUACUUGCUAUCGUGUAUUUAAAGCUGUUUGGAAACUCCUGUUGUUAAAUGGUUCCAACUUUGACAUUUCUAUUCUUUAAGCUUAAUAAAUCCUUUUCCGUACGGAACUAAA